GAUCGUGGGCAGAUCGCUCUCCUCUCCAUGAAGCAGCCUCUCAGGGUCGUCUGCUCGCUCUGCGUACUCUGUUGACCCAGGGAUAUUAUGCUAACGUUGUCACUAUUGAUCAUGUGACGCCUCUUCAUGAAGCCUGCCUGUCAGGACACGCCGCAUGUGUCCGAGCAUUAAUCAGCGUUGGGGCCAAUGUGAACGCUGCCACCAUCGAUGGCGUCACUCCUCUGAUCAGCUGCUGCACCUCAGGAAGUGUUGCUUGUCUGGAACUGCUGCUGCAGAACGGAGCGCACAUGCACACACAUCACACACAUUUCCCUUCAGCUUUGCAUGAAGCCUGCAAGCGAG